AGUCUUCAGGCCCUCGGUCGGUGAGGGGUGAACCAGGCCCAGAGAGAGCUGGGCCCCUGGAAAUGUCACCUUCUCAGGAGGCUGGAAAGCUAUGCUAUCUGCUCUGCCUGGCAGGGUAGGAUCCGCCCUGGAGGAAGGAACCAGACCAGGUGUUGGCCGAGUCUGUGGUGUUAAGGAAGACUGARGGCCAGGAGGCAGCCCUGGCAGAAGCCCUUCUGUGGGCAGCUGGAACGCUCUGGUCCUACAGGUGAAGCUGACCCGUCACCAGGACUUAUGACCCGUGGCCUCACUCCCAUCCUGCCCCUCGAGUUCCACAAGAUGGGCUCCUUCCGCAGGCCAAGACCGCGCUUCAUGAGCUCCCCGGUGCUCAGCGACCUGCCCCGGUUCCAAGCUGCCCGGCAGGCCCUGCAGCUGAGCUCCAACUCAGCCUGGAACAGUGUCCAGACAGCCGUGAUCAACGUUUUCAAAGGGGGCGGCUUGCAAAGCAACGAGCUGUAUGUCCUGAAUGAAAACAUCAGGCGCCUGCUGAAGAGUGAACUUGGGUCGUUCAUUACAGACUAUUUCCAGAACCAGCUGCUUGCAAAGGGACUGUCGUUUGUGGAGGAGAAGAUCAAGCUGUGCGAAGGUGAGGACCUCGUGAAGGCUCUGGCUGACGUCUGGGACCACUUCUUCACGGAGACCCUGCCCACCCUGCAGGCCAUCUUCCACCCAGUUCAGGGACAGGAGCUGACCAUCCGCCAGAUCUCCCUCCUGGGCUUCCGAGACCUGGUCCUGCUGAAGGUGAAGCUGGGUGACUUGCUGCUUCUGGGGCCGCCAUCCAAGCUGCCCUCCUCCAUCGUCCAAAUGCUGCUCAUCCUGCAGAGUGUUCACGAGCCCACUGGUCCAAGUGAGGGUUAUCUGCAGCUGGAGGAGCUGGUGAAGCAAGUGGUUUCUCCUUUCCUGGGCAUCAGUGGGGACCGAAGCUUCUCAGGACCCACGUACUCACUGGCCAGGCGGUACUCCAGGGUCCGGCCCAAGGUGACCCUCCUGAACUACGCCUCCCCGGUGACCGCCAUCAGCCGGCCGCUGAACGAGAUGGCCCUGACCCCACUGACGGAGCAGGAGGGAGAGGCCUACCUGGAGAAGUGCGGCAGCGUUCGGCGGCACACGGUGGCCAACGCCCACUCGGACAUCCAGCUGCUGGCCAUGGCCACCAUGAUGCACUCGGGCCUGGGGGAGGAGGCCGGCAGCGAGGACAAGUGCCUGCUGCUGCCGCCCAGCUUCCCCCCGCCCCACCGGCAGUGCUCCAGUGAGCCCAACAUCACCGACAGCCCCGACGAACUGGAGGAGGUGGCCRGGGACAGCCAGGAGGACUCGGAGCCCAACUGCGCUUCCCUCAGCUGA